AUGACAACUAAUAGUAUUUUCCCAGCCUCAAUGCCAGUGACCUAUAUCCUGCUCCAGACAUCUCCAGAAGACCCCAAAUCCACCAGAUCUUUCAAGACCAACAAUUCCAAGGCACAGGACCCAGUCAGAAAUAUUUCCAAGCAGCUCUCAGAGAACUGUGGAUACUACCUUUCUGAACCUAAAAACUUCUACUGCCUGAACCUGUGUCUCUUUGCAGCAGGGAAGCUUCUGGCUGCAGAGCCGCAGAUAUACGUCUCUAUCCCCAAGGCCACAGAAACCUAUAUCCCUGAGGAUCCCACAGCUAGGCUUCAACUGACAUAUCAGACAUGUGGGUUCAGAAAGUACAUCAACCCAGCCCUGGGCCCUCCUAGGAAUGUACCCACUAUGUCAGUCAUGAAGACACCCUCUGCAGAUGCCUUGAAGGUACCCUCUGCAACAACCAUGAAGACACCUUCUGCAGAUGCCUUGAAGGUGCCCACUGCAUCAAUCUUGAAGACACCCUCUGCAGAUGCCAUGAAAGUAUCCUCUUCAGCAAUUGUGAAGGCAUCCUCUUCAGUGGUUUCAAAACAAUCCUCUGAAGGGGCCAUGAAGCCUAGGACCGAGACUCAACCAAAGAACCAAAAGAAGCAAGACAAAGAAAAACAUUGUCUCUGUCUUGACCUGGUGCUUAUCAACCCAAACCGGUCAGCUCCAGGCAUCCAGCAUUUCCCUAUUCCAGAAGCCACGGAGGUCACCAUAUCAGAAGCCCAUGUUAUUUGUCGAGCUACCACACAAUAA